GGCAUUAUUGUUCGCUAAAGGUGCGGUAUUUUAUAACGUGUGUAAAAUAUAUACCUAAGAAAACAAAAAAACACAACAUAUAACGUAGAAAGUGUACACAUUAUACGUAUCCAAGUACGCUGAAUUUUUAUUUUCAUAAACGUAAUUUAUUUCGAUACAUAAAACGAUGAUUUUUAUUUAAAUAUUAAUUAAAUUCGCGUUCAAGAUAAUUCGGUAUGCGAAAGCGUCACGUGAAAGUCAAUACAGUUCGGUUGUACUUAUAUACUUUUCAUAUUUUCAUAAAUUAAUCCGACAUUAAUCAUCGACCAGGCGGGCCAAAUGUAUCCGUGUUACAUUUACGAAGCACUUCGGAGCCGUGGAUGAUUGCAAACGAAGAUGAAAACGUCGCUCGAAACUUGAAAUUAAUAUUUAACAACAUGGAUGCGGGUAAAAUGUACAGAGAUAUCGAAUCGUCGCACUCGCAGCAGCAUCAUCAGAAACACUUACGCGAAAACGAAUGUCAGCCGUUGAUUAAUAAACAACCGUUACCAUUACCUAGACGUUAUAUUAAUAGAGCACAUUCCACGCUCAAUGGAACGAGUCAACAAAAUUAUUUAAAAAGUAAAAGUACUAACGAAUGUAGCAGAAGCGAUUCGCUAAUAAUUGAACCGCCUAGAAGAUUUUCCAACGAGUACGAAAAAGAAUUAGAAAUGAAACUUUCAACCAACACCAGAAGAAAACUGGAAAAAGACAACACGCUUAGAUCUCUCUCCUAUUACCCGAUUCUUUCACCUCCUCCGGGGUUUCAAGACGUCGACGGCAUCGAAUACUUGGAAAACUCGGAAAACAUCAAUCCUACCAAUAAGGGUAACGGUUGCGGCCCUGCUGGCACUUACAUGUAUCCGGAUUUACGUUCGAAAACCGGAUUACUUAAUGCCCGAAAUGGCAGCUAUUACCGAACCAAUAAAGGUGCUACAAAUUGCGGAUAUUACGCUCCCAGCGAUAGGGAUAAAAUACCGCCGAGUAAAUCGAACUAUCGAAGAAGGAUGACUGCCGAUUACGCCGCCGAUCACGAUCAGUUCAAUAAUCGUUUUAAAUCGGAAUCUUUCAACGAUAAAGUCGGCGGAUUUUCGAGUUGGCGUUCGGAAUCCGAUCCGUAUCCAGAAUGUUCUCAGUACUCUUAUAAUUGUUAUUGCAACCACUGUCGUGUAGGUUCGGUGCCGUCUACACUAAGUCAUAGCAUAGCCGGCGAGCCGAGUUACCUGGACGCAUUCGACGACAGAGGCGAACAAUUUGAUACACCUUCGAUCAAGUCCUACCAUUCGUACGAGCCAGAAACGCCGCGUAGGCAGAAAAUUCGUCGAGCCGCUAGUUUCCAGGCGAGAUGCGCGAACACGUAUUAUUUACCGGAAAGCAAUGGUGUUGAUUAUUUUUAUGGCACGCAAGCUAGAAGUAUUCCCAAGAAUCAGAGCCGUAAUAGAUACGCCUCGUUUGAUGACGCCUACCAUGACACGAGAACGAACGCCAUUUAUAGUAGAUCACCUAACUCGUAUAAUUAUCCAUACUACUAUUACAACGAUUGCCUACCUGCCAAUAACACUAAUUACAACAAUCGAUUCCAAGAUUGCUCGUGUUCAUAUCCAAAUUCGCUGAUAGAAAAACCAGUCACUAGAAAGAUGAGCUCGAGUUCCAGUAGCAUACCUAUCCAAGGGAAGAACCGCACUAGAUACGAUGACGAAUACCCGAUCAUAACCGAUGUUCAUAAUCAGCUCUACGAAGAAAUAUACCCUACCGGUAAAGAUCGAAUAAGCCACGAAAUGACAAAUCCGCCCGAUAUCGCGAAUAUAUCGUCGUAUUCGAGAUUGGAAAAUCAUAACGCCUAUGACCCAGAGUUCAUUCGAAAACAGCCAGAUAUUCUACAAAGCGCGUAUUACGGUAGUAGAUGCUCAUCGUCUUUAUCAACCGAUCCAGCAGCGGGAAGCUGUCUAGCUAAUUAUCCUACGCCGUAUAAUGAUAAUGCAUAUUUGGAAGAAUUGAAAAGAAAAUCGUAUUCUUUACCUAAAUCGUUUCAACGUAAUGAUAAAAUGCGUACUGAUAUCAAACUGCAAGAUAAUCCUGUGUUGCUGUUCCAUUGGAGAAAACAUGGAAUAAAGGGGCUCUUGUUGAAUAAAAAAGUGGCCAUUCCACCCUCAGUUAUGUCAGAAACUGCUCCUACUACACCAAUAAAAGAUAUGCCAGAAAAGAAAAAAUACGGUCGUUUAAUGAAAGUCGGUCAGUACUCCAGUACUCCUUCUCUAGAUGAUAAUUCAGUUAAGCAUAUCAACUUCGACUGUGAUAAUAAAUAUAGAAGAGAUAAAUUUAAAAACAGCAAGACUGCCACCUUAAAUUCGGCUGAUUUCCGUCCCACAUCUCAAGAAAACAUUGUUUCUAGUUCAAAUCUCGGUGACCGUGUGUUUCAUAAAUUUUGCAAAAGUUUUUCUCUACGGUUUCUAAGGAAACCGUCAGACGCUGAAGAUGACGAUCACAAGAGCAUGUCCAACGGAAGCUCUUCGAAUAAAGUAUUCUGUGAACCAGCUCCACCAAAGAAAAGCUCCAACAAAUUUGGACCAUUAGCCUGGCGUACUAGUAAAGAACGUAAAAAUAAAAUGAACGGUUCUGUCGAUAGGAAUGAUGAAAUUGACUCUACAAGUCGACAUGAAGUACAUCAGAUUAAAGAUAGGGAACAGCCUCCAAAAUUGGAAUGUCAGCAGCGAAUAGUCCGCCGAACGUUGUCUGAUCUCAAUGGAUACUGCGAUAUAGUCAAAGACAAACAUUUCAACGCUACAGUUCCUACUAAAUAUAAACCACCAGUUCCUGUUGUGUCCAAGAAACAUAGACAAUAUAAUUUACGUCGAACAGCCAGUCAGCCUCUGUUAAGUAGUCGAUUUUCACCAGCGUUAGAGCGAAAACCUUUGCCGUCCAGAGCAGCUUGUAGUGAAGACGAAAGAGCCUUGUUUUCUGAAGAUGAUAUGAUGUCUGAUUCUGGAUCUUCGGUACCUUCGCGAAAGAAUUCUCUCGAACAGGGUAUCAACGAAGAGGUUGUAAUUUAUGCUGAAGCUGUCUGGGAUCAUGUAGCUAUCGAAUCGGAAGAGUUGCCUUUCAACGCCGGUGAUGUCAUUGAAGUUUACAAUGUCCUAGACAGAGAAUGGUGGUGGGGUAUGUGCAAUGGUAAAUCUGGAUGGUUUCCUUCUGAUUUCGUUCGAUUACGAGUAAAUCAAGAAGAAACGUUAGAAAGCAGCUUGGAUUCUCCGACUAAAUUGCAUACUUCGUUGUCAAUUUAUUCGAACGAUCAAGUUAGAUCGAAAAUUGUUUGCGAACUGAUUAGCACCGAGAGAGAUUUCGUUAAAGUUUUAAAAGACGUGAAAGAAGCCUAUAUAAUCGAAUGUCGUAACGCGAAAGAACUUUUCACGAUGGAAGAUACUUUCAAAAUAUUCGGUAACUGGGAACAAAUCCUGGCGUUUCAAGUUUUAUUACUAGAAAAUCUGGACUUGAGCUUAGAUUCGCAAGCUCCUCAUAAAACUUGCGUUGGAAAUUCGUUUUUGAAAUUUCAAGAGCAUUUCCGAAUGUACUCCGACUACUGUAAUAAUCAUCCUUUAUCCAUAGCCACCCUACAGCAGCUGUAUCAGAAAGCCGAGUAUAGGAAUUUCUUCGAAAAAUGUAGGAUUAAAAAGAACUUGAUCGAAAUCCCCUUGGAUGGAUUUUUAUUAACGCCGAUUCAGCGAAUUUGCAAAUAUCCUUUACAAUUGGCCGAGUUGCUCAAAUACACCGAAAGCGAACAUCCUGACUAUGACGCUAUUCGAAACGCGUUGAACGCUAUGCGAGAAGUUGCUGUUCUUAUCAAUGAAAGGAAACGUCGAAUGGAAAGUUUAGAAAAACUGAUAUUAUGGCAGCAAAGAAUUGAAGGAUGGGAGGGUGAUAAUUUAAUCGAGAAUAGUUCGCAGCUUAUUCAUCAGAACGACGUUACCAAAGUUUUCGCUGGUGUUUGGUCAACAAACGUUACGCUGUUCUUGUUCGAUCAUCAACUCGUGUUCUGCAAAAAGGAUAUUCUAAAACGUGACUUUUACAUGUACAAAGGAAGAAUAUCAUUGGAUAAUUGCGAAGUAAUCGAUAUUGCCGAUGGCAAAGAUUCGUUGCUCGGUAUUAAUAUCAGACACGGUAUUAAAAUACAAAACAUACAAAAAAACAAAUGGUUAUUAUUCUCGUGUCGAACGCAUAAAGAAAAAUUAGAAUGGCUGGAAGCUUUCAAACGCGAAAAGGAAUUGGUGCUCUUAGACGAACGUAAUAAAUUACAGAUCACGCCAGUCGAUCGGCAUCUCGCUUACAUCACUGCCACAACGUGCAAUAGUCGACAUACCUUUUUAAAACAUAAAAAUAAAAAGUUCAAGAGAUCGUUCCACAAUAAUGGACAUUUCAGCAGGAACACCGGAUCGCCGCACAUUUUAGGCAGAAAAGUUGGCACAUGGUUUAUGUUCGGAGCGAACAGAAAAAACCAUCGAAGAAUUAACACCAAAAGUCAAAUAACAUCUAUUUAAUUCGUAUAUCGAAAUGUUAUUGUAUUUUACGUUAUGGUUGCUAUUCUAAUGGCUAGCUAUUUGAGAUUCCUUCACGAGUCGUUCAUAAGGCAGAGGAACAUUUUUGUAUUUUUAUACGCGCAAGAGUCAUUUUUCUAUAAGCUUUAAAAUUGAUAUUUUUUUAUGCUCAUUGCGAAAAAUUCCCUAGUCACUAACAUUCCUCAAUAUUUUUUCGGAUCAUUACGGAGUCUUUUUUUUUUAGAUCUCGAACCGCUUUCACCGUUUGUGCGGAUUCGCGAAAAUUUUUUAAUUUGCUAGUCAGGUUUACUAAAGAUUGGAGAUUUUUUAAUGCAUUUUACUUUGCCUAUUUUCUCUAUUUUUUUUUUCUUAUUUAUUUAUUUUACAUAUCGACUGAGAAGUUGAUCGCUUCUGUCAUUCCAAUUUUUUUUUUCUUUCUUUGAAUCGCUUAUCAACAUAACACUUUCAGUAGAUGCUGCUGGUUUUUAUUUAUUUUUAUAUAUUUGUAUGUAUGUUUCUUCCAAUUUUCCUAUCUUUACAAAAGACUGGUCAGCAACGUAUAGAUUUUGCCCAGAUGUGUGAGUGUAUGUGCAUUGGCAUACUACACAGUAAAAUUUAUAGAAACGCGUACGCGAAGGUAUUUUUAUUUUUUUAUUUCAAUUUUUAAAUUCUUAUGUAAUUUUAUAAUAUUUUUAAAAGAUUGUUCUCAUUUUAGAUACUGAAAAUGAUCUGUAAUUUUAUAUGUAUUAAGCACAUUCCGAAUUCGCAAUUAUUUCAUCAUCUAUUGUUCAUUAUCUUCCUAGCUUAAAUCAGUAUUAUUUGAAAUAAAGAAAAUUUGUUGUGUUA